CUUAUAUCCCCCUCGCGUAUGUCUGUCUCCUUAUUACCAAGGCUGUUCAGGGUUUAGCGUCGACACAGAGCUUUCGAAACCCUAAGUCGCCGCUCCUCUCAUCUGUUCAAAGCCAUGUCGAAGCGAAAAACCAGGGAGCCCAAGGAGGAGAAUGUCACCCUCGGACCUGCUGUGCGUGAGGGCGAGCAUGUUUUUGGGGUUGUUCACAUCUAUGCAUCAUUCAAUGACACAUUCAUUCAUGUAACCGACUUGUCUGGAAGGGAAACACUUGUUCGCAUUACUGGUGGUAUGAAGGUCAAAGCGGAUAGAGAUGAAUCUUCACCUUAUGCUGCUAUGCUUGCGGCACAAGAUGUUGCUCAAAGAUGCAAGGAACUCGGUAUUACUGCUCUUCAUGUUAAGCUCCGGGCCACUGGAGGUAACAAGACUAAGACACCUGGUCCAGGUGCCCAGUCAGCACUUCGAGCUCUUGCUCGUUCAGGCAUGAGAAUUGGUCGCAUAGAGGAUGUUACACCAAUUCCGACUGACAGUACACGUAGGAAGGGUGGAAGACGGGGUAGAAGGUUGUAAGCUCAUUAUACAUCACAAAUGCCAUUCCAGCCAGCUACCGCACCAUUACCAGAACCUUAUUUUGUUUGUUUUUGUCUUUCGAUCGAGCCUGAGUAAUUUCGUUUUCCAAAACUUGAUUAUCAGAACGUUAUAGUUUUGAAUUUUCUAGUUCAAUGUCGGUAUCACUGAGUUUAAAACAUAAACGAAUGACAUUAUUGGAAUCCUCUUGAUCUUUUGCAA